CCUUCAAGUUCAUCUCUCGUGUAGGACCGCCAAAAUCCCCGCCAUCAUGGCAUCGUGGAGGCUGCUGGGCAUUUCCGUCUCAGCCGUCGUUAUCUUGUCCAGCCUCGCUUAUCUCCUCGUCGUCGUCUUCCUCUCCGCCUCCUCCUAUCCAAUCAGGCAGCCACUUCAUGGUACAUCCAAGCAUCCUCAUAGACACUUUCAGGCUCCUGCAGAAAAUCCCUGGGCGGAGCUUGAUGAAGUGGAAGCGUCGCAGGUGUACAUAUGGCUGCAGAAGAACACCAAUAUAUUCAACUCGACUGACGACCGCACCGGUGGAAACAGUCGAGGGAGCAACAACCCGUUGAGCCUGAUUGAACUUCUCCGGCCCAAUAAGACCAGCGUCGUCGACUACCUGGACCACAAUGGCCCCGUCCCCGACCGCUGGGCUCGUCUCUCGGCCGUCGAGACCAAGGGCGACGACGCCUUCAUCGUCGAGUACAUGGUCGGCCCGCUGCCACCGUCCAACAAGACCCAACUCCUGCCCUUGACGUACUGCCACAACUCGGGCCGUAACUAUGUCCAAAGCCCCAUCUCGGACGUCUUUGCGCUGCUCGACUGGGCGCUGUCCAUUGGCGAGAAUGCGUCCGACGUGACCCAAGACCUGCUGGGCGCAAAGACCAACCGGGACGAUCUCGACGACCCGGACGGGCUGGUCAUGGGCUCGAGGCCUGCGCUGAUCGACUCGGGCCGCAUGGUCCACUGGCUGGAGUUUUUCGGGCCUGGCAUGAAAUCCGACGGCCGCAGCCUUCUGCCCCAAGGCCUGUACGUCAAGCUGGACGUGCCGAGCGCGAACCCGGCGACCUGGACGACGGGCGAGUGGUUCUACAACGGGAUCCUGUACGACAACGUGACAAUGCUGCGCGAGGCCAUGGCGUCGCCCGACUUCGAGCGCCUGACGAUCAACGAGGACGGCGCGUGGACCGACACCGAAGACUUCAGCACGUCGACCACCCCGGAGCGCGACAUGCCGCCGCCACUCUCCAUCCAGCCGUACGGGCCCCGGUACCGCCUCGACCGCUCGCAGAACUACAUCUCGUGGAUGGGCUUCUCGUUCUACCUGUCGACCUCGCAGGCGGCGGCGCUGUCGCUGUUCGACAUCCGCUACAACGGGUCGCGCAUCAUCUACCAGCUGGGCCUGCAGGAGGCGCUGGCGCACUACGCGGGCGCCGAGCCCAUGCAGUCCGGGCUCGAGUUUCUCGACACCUUCUUCGGCAUGGGCAAGAUGAUGUUCAGCCUCGUCCCGGGGCUCGACUGCCCCGGCCACGCCGAGUACCUGGACAUGUCGUACCACCGCGGCGGCAGGAUGUACACCAACCGCAACGCCAUCUGCGUCUUCGAGUACACGGCCGACGCGCCCUUGCAGAGACACACCUCGGCCUUUAGCGCGACCGUCAGCAGAAACACGUACCUCGUGGUGCGGAGCGUGAGCACGGUCGGAAACUACGACUACACGAUCGACUACAUCUUCUACCUCGACGGCUCGGUCGAGGUCAAGCUGCGGGCCAGUGGCUACAUCUUCGGGGCGUUCCACGCGGAGCCGCGCUCCUCGCCGCUGCGGCGCGACGCGACGACGAACGAGUACGGCUACCGCGUGCGGCCGGGGCUGCACACGUCGAUGCACGACCACGUGGUCAACUUCCGCGCGGACCUGGACAUCUGCGGCACGGCCAACACGGUGGUGCGCACGGCGAUCGAGCCCCUCCAGCGCACCUACGCCUGGGACCAGCCCGAGGUGCCCGGCCCGCGCAACACCAUGCACAUGGUGCACUCGGCCGUCACGCACGAGACGGGGCUCAACUGGCCCCGGAACGCCGGGGAGAUGUACCUGGUCACGGCGCCCAACCGCACCAACCGGUGGGGGGAGACGCGCGCGUACCGCAUCCUGCCCGGCACCGGGAUGGGCAACCCGGCGCACCUGACGAUCGCCAACUCGACGGCGCUGGGCCGGGCGGCGUCCUGGGCCGCGGCCGACCUGUGGGUGCUGCGCAACCACCCGGCCACGGAGCCGGCGGCGGCGCACCACUACAACGCGCUGGAGCCGGGAGCGCCGCUGGUCGACUUCGCGCGCAUGGUCGAGGACCGCGAGCCCGUCGAGGCGGCCGACCUCGUGCUCUACUUCAACCUGGGCGGCCACCACGUGCCCACCAGCCAGGACGUGCCCAACACGCUGAUGCACACCAGCGCCAGCUCCGUGCUGUUCAUGCCCUUCAACUACUUUGACGACGACGUCAGCAAGGCCCUCCGCCAGGGCGUGCGGGUCGAUCGAGCACGCACCCGCCAUCGCCACAACAAUGGCGCAUCGACAAACCACAACGUCGACGACGACAACAACCCGAACGCAGACGCCAAGGAAGAAGUGCGUCGAGCACCGACGAACCGCGCCGCAAGAUUCCCCCGUCGAGACCGAGAGGACAAGAAGCGCAGGAACCACGGCCACGGCCACGACACCGACGACGACGGCGUCUCGUGGUUCGGCGCCCGCUACACCGCGCCCGUGCUGGUGACGCGGGAGAUGCUCUCGCCCGACCUCAGCCACUACAUGAAGGAGCGCGACGACGGGGAACAGGGCGGCUGGAGGGCCGUGCGGAACCACGUCGGCGGCGGGCUUUACGGGCUGUUCGUCGGCAAGGAGGGCCGGGGGCGUCGGCGCGAGGGAGGGCGGCUUGAUUGGUGA